UUUCCAACAUGGCAGGCAGUAAGUUAGUAUUGGAGGGGCGAGUUAGUAUUACAAGCUUUAUUUUGGGAUUCGCUUUUAUGAUAAUUCCUUUAAUUGUAUCUCUAGGAUCCCAUAUUGAAUGGGUAUUCGACUAUCUUACUGGAAUAAGGGGGAAAAUAGCAAUUGCACUCUACAUAGCGGUUGCUAAUGGCUUCUUGCUACUCAUAUACAAAGGACCUCUCUAUCAGGUUGCGGUGCGAGCCUGUUUCCUGGGAUUCACGUUCGGGUGUGGCCUGUUAAUCAGCUUUGGCCAAACUACGUGGACACACUUUGGCUGGUACAUGAGUUCCCUGUCUUUCUUCCACUACUCGGAGUACUUGGUGACGGCCAUCAUUAACCCUCGGAGCCUGUCUCUGGACUCCUUCCUGCUCAACCACAGCGUGGAAUACACUGUGGCAGCCGUGUCCUCAUGGGUGGAGUUCAUUGUGGAGAAGCUGCUGAUCCCAGAUCUAAAGCAGCUACGCUGGCUGAGUUUUGUGGGCCUGCUGAUGGUGCUGUUUGGGGAGGGUCUGCGUAAGUCUGCCAUGCUGACUGCUGGGUCCAACUUCAACCACAUCGUCCAGAACGAGAAGGCCCAGAGCCACGUGCUGGUCACCAGCGGUGUCUACUCCUUCUGCCGACACCCCUCCUAUGUGGGCUGGUUCUGCUGGAGUGUGGGCACGCAGGUAAUGCUGUGCAACCCUGUGUGUGUGCUGGCUUAUGCAUUGGCCAGCUGGCGUUUCUUCCGGGAGCGAAUCGAAGAGGAAGAGAUCUCGCUCAUCCACUUCUUCGGUGAUGAGUACGUGGAGUACAAGCGCAAGGUGCGCUCAGGUCUUCCCUUCAUCCAGGGCAUCCGAGUGGGGUCCUAAUCUUCCCCGGCUAACAAUUCAGGAAAAGGGGAAAACAAAUCUGGAGAUCCACCAUAGAUAGACUGGUGUGGUGGGCAGGCUAGUAGCUUGGUGACACUGUUGUGGCCUGCCUCUGGUGGCCUGGAGGACCAAGGUCAUCGCUGCACAUGGAGACACUGGCAUACUGUGCACCGCAGAGCCCUGCCCCGGCCCCUUGACAGACAGACCUGUCUGGCCAAUGCCACGGCCCUCAGACCACCACCUGUCACAUCACUCACCUGUUUGUUUAGCGUCUUCUGUUCUCACUUAGAUGGGUUGUUCAUUUUAUGUCAAAACCUUCCUUCUCAAUUUUACACACAUAUCCUCAUGAUUUAUAAAAGACAGUAUUCAGUUUAUUCCUUGCCUAUCUGUAAAGACUGCAGGUAAUACCGUCAAUUAAUUAUUUUAAUUUAAAACAUUUUUUAGCUUGAAAUCCGAGACUUAAUUGAAAAUAAUUUCUGACAGCUUAGCCUCAGUUGAUGUCUGUGUGUGCUGAGAACUUAGUUUCCCAUGAUCCCAUUCUGACUGCUUGGUCUGUCUUAUGCCCCUCCCCACUCCAUGAUGAACCCAGUUGUGUAAGCAACAGUCAGUCUGGAGGUGCACUCGCUGUAUCUGUGAUCACUCUAACUUGUAGCUGUUAUUAUUAUUUUUCUCCAGCAGAUACAUUUGGCUGCAUUAGUCUUCUAUCUAUAGGGGGAGACAAAGUCAAGUUUUCUCCUCAGCUGCUAAAGUGUUAGCCUCACUUGUCAGGAUCAUAACCUUUAUGGUACUAUGAGCUCGAUCAAUUUAACACUCAGUGACGAAAUGGCCAGUUACCACUUCUGAUGAAUCAAUACCUGUAGGUGGGACUUAAGUUGGAAUGUGGCAAUUAAAACCAGCUCACCUAUUAAUCAGUAACAAAACUGAGUAAAACUUGCUAGAACCAAUCAGAUUGCAGGAAACAAAUCUUCCCUUUCCUUGUGUUGAGACUCAAGACUGCUGAAGUUAGCCUAUACGCCCUUGCAUUUGAUCAGAAGGUCUUUUAAUCUUAAGCGUAGAUUUACUUUGCAAUGUGCGGCUUCUCUCUGCCCCUUGUUGAUUGGCAGUAAUUGGCUACUAUUAGCCAUAUACUCUUCGGUAUCAUUCAUGCAUUUUCAGCAGAGAAUUUGCAGAUUUACAGUUACAUGCAGCUUUUACACAAUGACUACCCUUGUCCUUGUGGCAUGCAAGAGGUAAUAUGUGAAAUAUAUCCAGUUUACAGUGCUGCCAUCUGUGGAAUUAUGACACUUGGCUGAGGUAUCAAGGAUUUGUGACACAUCUGGUUUAGCAUGCUAAGAAUUAUAGGAAAUUUGGAAAGCCAAUCCAAUUGACUGUUUUCUAUAGCCUAAUUCUUUACUGUACACCUAAAAUAUGACCUCACCUACAAUAAUCUGGCAUGUGUCUGUAUGCAAUUUGGGUAGAAGACCCAAAAGAUACAAUAUCUGUGGAUAUUGGAUCAGAUGCAGUCCAUUAUCUGACUAGUUUUCAAUGUAAAAACAGUAUGGCUUGAAUGAAGCUUAUUUUUUACCGGAGUGUAAUUCCCAAAUGAAAAAUUGCUUAUAAGAAAAAAUUGGAAUCUCAUCAAUAUCAAUAUCAUAAACACUAUUGGCGUGGAGGGAAAGCAUGUGUGAAAUGACCAAUUUGAAAUGAGGUGGAUCCCUCCCAUUAGAUAUUUGAAUUCUUUAGGGAAGCAUCCCACUACUAUUCUGGCUAGUGGGGUUCAGUUGCUGUGAACUAACGUGCUUGCGAGUGGAUUCAAUUCGUAGUGGAAUAAUGGGAUAGAAAUUUGUCAGUUGAAGAGUUAUAAUGUAACUAUGUUUGGAGUUUAUAAACUCAGGAGUCAAUUUUUAUAGCACGUUUGGCCGAAAAAUGUUAGCAGUAUUUGAGUUCAAAAUGGCAGUGUAGCAUUACAGGUGUUCCCCAGAAAUAAUUUUGAUUUAUAGAAGUAAAAACUUGGGGGGAAAAACUUGCCUGCUUAGAAUCACAGGUUGAAGUUUUAGCAGGAAGUAGAAGACCUUAACAUUGGCAGAUGUUUGCUAAGUGACCCACUUAGAAGUGUUCUGAUACUUCACCUGUGGCUCCUCCUCAGUCCAGUUGGCAUAUUAGGUCUCGGUUAUAUCAGGUCUUGGUCUGCCUUUAGACAUUAAUUGUGAAUGGUGACAAUCAAAGUAAAGUUUUUAUUCCUGUUAUUUAUAUGUAGAGAGACUGCCUUCAGUUGUAGUGUUUUGUUGCACGUGAUAUUCAGAGAAUAUUUGUGGUUGAGUUCUUAUCUGAAAUACCUCCUUAUUGACAGCUAGGCUAGCGGCUGUUGUUUUAUAUUAUACGCGUGCAGAUUUUUUUGAUAGCGCACAUUGACUUGAAAAUGUGCAUUUUCAUCACUACAUGCUAUGGUGACAGUGAGUAGCAGACUGCUCACCAGUCUCCCAGUGCUAUCAGACAACCUUCUAGCUCACAGAGCAGUCUGCUUACAAGCCAAAAACUUUCUGUGGUCUCUCAAAGGCUUUCAACACAACCUGCAAUUCACAGGAGUGCACGUGGUACUGAUGUAGCUGCUGUUUACGGGGUUCCCAUCAUAAACAAAAAGCACUGGAAGAAUUUUUGAUUCUUGAAAUGUCAAAUCAUCACACCAGCUCACUUGGCUCACCAUCUUGCCGUUAUUUAUGAUGAGGUAUGGCGAUAUCAGUGUGCUGAUAUUACGAACAAAUUGCUUGCUGCCUUGAAUAUUGAUAGUUUUAUAAAACGUCAAAAUAAACCCCCCAUUAUGUCUUAUUGGCAUUGCCAUUCACAGCAUUGUUGCUGAUGCAAUAACUAUUGAAGGCUUCCUGCUGAUCCAUAAAAGCUUAAUUUACAUGUAUCAAAAAGUACAUCAUUUGGAUGGGAACCUCAUGUCUGCAAAACAUUUUCUGUUUUGCACUCUUUCUUCCUCUCAAUUUUCCUCUUUACUUUGGCUGUGCACUGAAAUCAGUUGAAUGACAGAGAACAACUCAUUCUGCAUUCCUGGGUUUUAGAUACUUUGGAAAAAUUGCAGCGAGGUGAUGCCACUUUUAUUCAGAGGUUUUAAGUCCUCCAUUUAAGGAAAGGUAAUUGAUCUAGAAUGUCUGUCCCCUCACUGGUUUGUUCAUUCUUAGGUUUACUUGUAGUAAACUCUAGUUCUACAUUUGAAGCACUUGGGGAAAACAAUAAAGUUUUUGAAUGUGUGUGAUCACGCUGUUCACAUUCCACCUUUUGAAAAACAAACCUUUUAUGGUUUAUUUCCAGAUUUGAUUAUACAUAAUUACUGUAUCAAGCAUAGUUGAAUUGUUUUUAUACAUAUGUAUUGCACUUUAUUAAAAGGUUCAUGGGUUGGGGCAUAUACUUCAAUAAACUUGCUUGAAUCAUUGAAA